UGCGCAAAAGCCGCAGCCUUUGCCUCCUUCCUGCACCUCUUUUCUGUCUUCCAUCUCCCCCAGGUCGCUGCCGUCUUGCCUGCUCUGGCUGCCGCCAUCUCAAAGCACCAAGACUCGCGCCUCUAGAACCCCCGUCUCCUCAGCCAGACCAGCCUCGCCCCGUCGCCAGUCCGUCUCUGUCUCUCGCUGCGGCUCCAUGAUGUUCAUGCGUCCUUCCUCAACCGUGGCCCUGCUCUCGCUGAUGUCGUCGGCCCUCUGGGUCAACGCCCAGCAGCCCGACUGCACCAGCUUCAAGGCUGUUGCCAGCGGCGACUCGUGCUCGUCGCUCGCAAAGGCCAUUGGCGUCAGCACCUUCACCUUUGUCAAUGUCAUGAACGUUGGCAUCGACUGCAACAACUUGACGGCCGGAACCCAGGUUUGCGUUGCCAUCGACAACACCUCUGCUUCAGCUUCAGCUUCAGCUUCGGCUUCGGCUUCGGCCUCCGCUUCGGCCUCCUCGACCUCGACCUCGACUCCUCCCGCUCCCCUGGGAGACUGUUUGACCCAAUACGUUGUCAAGGCCUCCGACUACUGCUACGAGAUCUGGGAGAAGAACACCGAUCUGUCUCUCGAGUACACCACCUGGAAGGCCACCCUCGGCGUCGACUGCAACAACCUGCAGAUCGGCCAGACGAUCUGUAUCCAGCGCAAGCCUGCCACUGGCACCCAGAGCGCCAACAGCACCGUUUCGGCCACCCCCACCUCGGCCGCGGCCAACACUUGCACCAAGCCCUACACCAUCCAGCAGGGCGACUACUGCUGGAAGAUCUGGAACGACGAAACCGACAAGAGCCUCUCCUUCCAGAAGUGGAAAAAGGCCCUGGCCACUCCUUUGGUCUGCAGCAACCUCCCUGUUACUGGCACCUCGAUUUGCUUGGACCUCUCCGGCUCCAGACCCCCAGCCCCCACUGCCAGCCUUGCCGUCAACAACGGCACCUCGACCAACUCCACCGCCAGCAGCACCUCGGCCAGCAGCUCCACCGUCAGCGGCACCCCUGCUCCCCAGUCCUUUGUCCAGACUAGCAACGGCACCGACUCGUCCGCAACCUCGUCCUCAUGCUCUGCCGAAUACUUUGUUCAGGCCGGAACUACCUGCACGGACGUCUAUAACUUUGUCUUCUCCGAUACCAAGCCGAUCUCCUUCUCCAAGUGGGUUUCUCGAACUGGCCUGGAUUGCUCUGGCAUCUCCAGCGGCAAGUACGACAACCAGAUUAUCUGCAUCGACGGCCAAAGCACCUCCGUCGUUAGCGGCUCAAGCCGUGGAAACGCCCGCGUCCUCGCCGCCGUCAACACCAAUAGCACCGAGACGCCGCUUGCCAAGCAAGCCAACGGCGUUCCUCUUCUGCGCGAUGGUGACGGUAAUGUUGUGAACAACAGCACUGGUACCAGCACCGGCAACAGCCGCAUCAUGGUCGCUGUUGCGGUCAACCCUCCCGCCACCUGGACCCCUACUCCCACCGCCACCUUCACCUCCACCCCUACCGCCACGGCCGGGUCCGUGGUGCUCCACAACCUCGUCGCCGACGGCCCCAGCAACUCGACCCCGACCCCGACCGCCAUCCAUGCCGAUGGCAAGCCUCUGUUCUGGAACGCCAACCCGGCCACCACCGCGACCGCAACCGCCACCCCCUCCUCCGACUCCCACUUCUACUAUGCCAACUACGUCGCCCAGACUGUGACUCCCACAGCCACCCCCACGGCAACCCCUACCCCCACUAUCGGUCCUGACGCCGAUGCUGCCUACUAUGCCAACCCUCACCGCCACUCCUCGAAGAAGAACUGAUUGACUCGUCCAUCAACGGGCGAGAAGCAUGGCUACGGGCUGCCUCCGACAUGCUCCGGUAGUAGCGCGGAAGCACCGGGACGCGACGCUUCUUGCCGUCCAAACUCUCGAUCAAGCUCAUGAUCUUAGUUUCCUUUGCCUUUUCUUCCUUUUGUUUCGUUUGUUUGCCAGCGUUGUCGUCUACAUCCCUAUUUGAUCCGUGCUGCAUUUUGUUACGCUAGCUCCUUCAAUCCCAGGCCACAUGCAUAAUCCUGCUAUGGAUUCUUGACCGUUUUCCACACCAUAGAAAGACAAAUUCAAUCAGAUUUGACUACAAUCGCUAUCCUCCGUGUCCCUGCUUCUCCUCGUGUUCCCCACUCCCUCUGGGGUUCGCUGUGGCUCGCUGUGGCUCUCCUGGGUCGGCCAUGAUGAGUGCAUCAAUCAUCAUACUG